AGAUGGUGCAAACACGCAGCACAAAACAACACCAAUGGAUCAACGCAACAAAGGGUUCGCGCGGCCUUCCAGCGACGUUGCAGAGGAUCCCAAGCAUCAGAUCCAGCUACUCCAGACGGCUGUGGAGCAGCUUGCGCGACGCUGCCGACACCUGGAGGCGGCGGUAGAACGUAAAAAGGUGGUGAUCGACGAUCUCCGCGCACACGUUACACGCCUAGAGGAGUUGUUUGGUAAAAGCCAAAACGACACGGCCUACGCGCAGCAGCAGCUGGAAUUCGUCGUCAUCAACCUCGAGCGUCAGCGCGGCAUCGUCGCAGAUCACACCGAGCAGCUGCGACUGUUUGCUGGAGAAUCCACGCAGCGUGGCCGCAAUGCCUCCGAGAGACAGGCACAACGCUCCGUGCUGCUACACAUGGGGAACUGGUUAUAUGCUCCUGUUGUGCAUUUUGCAAAAGGCGUGUACUCCCUCUUCUCACCUAUCAUCAACACGGCACAGUCUCUUUCAUUGCUAAAUUCUGACGUGCUGCACCGCAGCGCUGCAGAUCGUAUACGCUGGGGCACCACGAAGAAAGGCGAUCUGCUCGGGAUGCUGCAGCGCGGCGUGUUAGACCCAGAUGCAUCUGCCAAACGAAAGUAA